CUCUCUCUCUCUCUCUCUCUCUCUCUCUCUCUCUCUAUUAUACAGUAGCCCGGCUAGCUCAGUCGGUAGAGCACGAGACUCUUAAUCUCGGGGUCGUGGGUUCGAGCCCCACGUUGGGCGAGUAUAUUUUUCUUUUGACCAUGCUAAUUAAGAGCAGUGAAAUAAGAAGCCUUGUCUUAGCAUUGUAAAAAAAUAAUCUUUUUGUAUAAUGAAGUUGACAAGAAAAGGGUGGCUUACCUUUCGAGAAGUGUUUUCUCAUUCAUAACCGUCGAGAGUAAAUACAUACGUAAAUAAAGUACAAGUGAUUUUAGUCUCGCCAUGCCAGCUGGUACAGGCACACUGUAUUAUAUGUAAAUAUGAAGUAUUAUAUAUCAAACUAAAAUUUAUACUGGUCGUUUCGGUCAAAACUAUAAUAAGUCAUACGGUUUACUAAUGCUACCGACUUUUCCCUCCCUCUUUUUUUUAUUACUGAUUCUUGUUUACUGCAAAAUAUGAGAUCGAGAAGAAAACAAUAGUUAAUUUGCUUGAAUACCCACCUGUUAAUUAGAUAUUUACAUACUCGAAUAUAGCAAAUGAAAUCUUUUGAGUGGCUUUGCGUCUCCUAUGACCCUUUGUUUACGUUCGGCCUCCAUGCGGGUGCCUGCUGUCCCUGUACUGCUUGCCGUCCGACGUGAGAAACGGACCUGUGACAAUGGUUGACGAAGGUACGUGACUGCAUCCAAAGCCUAGAUAUCUGGAUUGUUAUAGCAGUAGUGCGUGAGGGCGUGACACUGAAAUGCAUGAGAUUAGUGGUGUGAGUGGCGUGGCUUGGUGGGUGUUGAUGGUCUUGUUAUAGUGAAUGGUGGUGGUGUGUGGGAUGCCCUGGACAACGAACUGUUUGGUAUAUGGUUAUCUGUGUUUCAUGAAUGUUAAUGAAUUUAGAUCACCACUGUAAGAGAGAUAGAGGGUGGGGAUGGGGAGGAAUGUGGCCGACGUGACAAUCAAACCAAGUUGUUUAUUUCACCUUCUAAGGUAUACAAAGUAAAGAGGAUGAGUUUCUUGACCUUCAGUUGAUGUGGACAAGUCAUGUGGAAGUCUUGCUCCAGGUCAUGCAAACUCUGCGGCACAAGGACCAGCCCUGGCGACCACCCUGUUUUAAUGUUCCCCGAUGCACCACCUACAGCAAUGGAACAACUGCUGAACUUUAUGUACUUAGGACAAACUGAUCUGACUUCAGCAGAGCUUGAUCAGCUCCUUGACCUUGCUGAAGAUCUGAGAAUCAUAGGAUUGAUGGACAGUAGCAACAACUCACAUGAUCAGUGCCAGACUUCUGUAAAUCAGGAAGUCAAGAAAGAGAAAGCAGUUGGUGUUAAGAAUAAAAGAGCAGCUAAUGUUAAAAGGAGAAGUGCAGCAGCUGCUGGCAAAAAAACACCUAAGAAAGUUACAAAGAUAAAGAACCAGACUUCUUCAGUAAAACAAAAAGUCACAAAAGAUCAUGCAGCUGCCGACAAUGAUCAAGGUAGAGCUCGUGCUAAUAGAGCAAAAGGUGCUUCUACUGGUGGAAAAAGACCAAAGAAGACCACAGUGGAAAAGAUUUUGCAAGACAAAGAGAAAAAUACUUCAGUGAAAUCCAUCAUUGCCAAGGAAUCUGGGAAAAAUAAGGACGAACAAAUCCUACAUGUGUGCCAAAUUUGUCAACAAGAAUUUAAAACUGCAGAUCUUCACAAAGCACACAUGAAGCUUCAUUAUGAAAAAUGUUUACUAUCUUGUCCAGAAUGUCCAUUCAAAGCACUUAGUUCAGCAGUAAUGAAUCAACAUAUAAACAAGCAUUCAAUGGGAAAGCCCUACAUUUGUCCUCAUUGUCAGAUGCGGCAUCCACUCAUAGAGCUUCAUAUUGCACAUCAGAAAAGAAAUCAUCCCAAAAUGGAAGUUGUUGUGAACAAGUCACCACUUGUAAAGCUGGAGAAGAAUGUGGAUACAGGACGUGAACCUAGGGAUAUCUACUCUGUAAAACAUACAAAUCAGUCAUCAUGGUCUCGUGCCUAUCUAGCAUCACUUCUUGGACCUGUCCAGCAAACAUGCUCAAAGAAACAAACAGUCUCUCAACCUUUUAAUAUACUAAAUGAUGACAGUUCUGUGUUUAAUCAUGCUGAAGUCCUCAAUGAGAAACAAGAUUCUGUGAUAAAAACUGAAAUGCCACAACAAGCAGAGUCUGUGUCAGAGAAUGAAAUGCCACCAAAGGUAGAGCCUGUGUCAAGGAAUGAAAUGCCACCACAGGCAGAGCCUGUGUCAAGGAAUCAAAUGCCACUGCAUGCAGAGCCUGUGUCAAGGAAUGAAAUGCCACUGCAGGCAGAGCCUAUGUCAAGGAAUCAAAUGCCACUGCAGGCAGAGCCUGUGUCAAGGAAUGAAAUGCUACUACAGGAACAGCCUGCAGCAAAGACUGAAUUAUCAUUAGAGACAGAGUCUGCCACAAAGACUGUAGUGUCAUUUGAGGCAGAGUCUGCCUCAAAGACUGAAAUGUCAUCAGAGGCAUGGCCUUUGUCACAGACUGAAGUGUCACAAAAAACAGAGACUGUGGCAAAGAUGAAAAUGCAGCUAGAAGCAGAACAUGUAGUAAAGAAUGAAAUGCUACAGCAGGUGGAGCCUUUGGCAAAAACUGAAAUGUUACCUCAACAAUCAAAAACAGCAAGCUCAAAGUUGUCAACUUUGCAAUCUACAGAUUCUUUUACUCUUUCUACAAGUCCUUCAGUGUCAACUAGCACCACAAAACGUGGCAGAAAGCGCAAGCUCUCAGCUUUAGGUGGAAAAGUGAGUUCAAAUCAUUCAGACACCAAUGCACGCAGAAAGAGUCCAAGACUUCAAAGAGAAAAGUCAUGAAGAACACUAAACAUUUUAUGUAUGAUGAAAAUACUUUUAGUGCUAAUCCUUUUAAGUGUUCAUGGUUAUAGGAACAUGAAAGCUUUUUUUUUUUUUUUUUUUUUUUUUUUUUUUUUUUACCAGUGAACUUUUGUAAUAUUACUUAUUUGUACAUCAACAUUCAGAAUAAUCUGUACUGAGUUUAUUUCCAGUGAUAACUUUUUUUGUAAGUCUUAAGUGCCUCAAUGUUUUUCAGCUCUUAUUGAGAGUUGUUGAUGAAGUUUCAUGAGUCAUUUUAUAGUACAUUAAACUAUUUCACAGACAGGAUGUGAAUAUCUUUCUUUUAACAAGCAAGUCUUCAAGGAUACCGAUUGAUUCCAGCACGUGGAAGAUAUACAGAGUAUGUAGAUAUGUUGGUGCUCUUAUGAUGGUGAUGUGAAAUCCUUUUGACUCCAUGUGCCUUGAGUUCCUCAUGUGAGGCAUUCUUAUGGAAAAGUGUGCAGAUGAAAAACUAGAUAAAAGAGAAUACAGUAUUUUCUGUAUCUAAAAGGUUUUUUUUUUUUUUUUUUUUUUUUUUUAGGAAUUUGCAUGCCAGUUUCAUUAUCAUCUUAAGAUAUCACACCUAAAUCACUGAUGACUACCUUCAUGUUUUGACAAGAAGACAUCAAAAAGCUUUAUACUGCAAUACUCUGAAUGUGUUAUAUUAUGACCAUAAUGACUGGUCCAUUUGUUUAUACCACAAUUCCAGAUUUGAUGAGCUUGUCAUCUUGUCAGACCAUAUGUGAUGUGGAAGAGCAACAUAGCCAGAUUUGAAUGAGAUUUAGAGCAAUAGGUUGUUUUCUGAAUUUAUCUUCUGGAGUGAGCUCUUUCCUGUGAAAGUGAAUAAAACAUGGAAAUAAUUGCACUCAGGAUAACAUUGGGAUGUUAAUUGUUAGCACUUUUUAUUCUAGAUGUAAUGCAUAUAGAGAUGCAAUCAUGAAUUUUAUGUACAAGAUCACAUAUAAUUUUCAUAUUGAAUAGAAAA